UAUUUUUUUAAAAACUGAAAUAAUACAAUAUACUAUUAAUAAAAUAGAUUUUUCUAUUUUGUUUUAAGUUAUAAAAUUUAUUAUAUAUUAGUGAUACAUAAUUGCAGCAAACAAACAAAAAAUCUAACCAUGCUUACUUCGGGUUAUAUUGCAAUGACACUGUUGGUUGUCUGUACAGUUGUCGGUGGCGGCCAAUCAUUGGCAGUGAAACAGUCAAUAAAAUUUGGAAAUUUGACAAUUGGUGAUAAUAUUAAUAAUAACAAUAAUAAAGCAGCAGUUGGUUUAAAUAUAAAAUCCCAAAUCGAUGUUGAAGUCAAAUGUACUGAAGGUAUGGAAGGUUAUGAUUGUUGUAUAAAAAUCAAAGACGACGCUAUAAAAUGUGCUAGUGGCAAACUAAGAACACCAGGUGAAGAUGAAGUUAAAAAAUGGACAGCCGAUGAUAUUAUCAAAUUUAGUUGUUGCGCAACAACUGUUUUAUAUGACUGUAUUAAAGACAACGCAAAGGCUAAAUGUUCAUCAGGUGAUUACGAUCUAUACAAAAAAGCAUACGAAGAAACUAUAAAAUUAUUGAAUGAGGGUCAAUGUUCAGGUCAUAAAAUAAACUCAGAUGAUGUUGGUUAUUGUUCGGGCACAGUUACCUUAUUGGCUAACAUUGCACUUAUUAUGAUAUCGUUUGUGUCGGUUAAACUAUAUUUGAAUUAAUAACAACAAAAAUACAAUUUUAUAUUAGUAUUAUUACUUAAAAAAUUUAAAUUUGUGUUUUUAUUAAUAUUUAUUUUUUUCUCAAUAAAUUAUUUAUAAAUUUUUAAUUAGUCAUGUUUAUUAUU